AUGCCCCCUUCGUUUGGAUGGAUAAAAUGUAAUAUUGAUGGAGCCUUUGAUGACAUUACUGGAGACAAUGGUGCAGGUUAUGUGGUGAGAGAUUUCUCAAGCAAAGCUUCUUUCUGUGCUGCUAUGGUGUUUGGAGUUUCAUGUGCAGAAGAAGCAGAAGCCAGAACUAUUUGGGGAGUUCUUAAGAAAGCAGUGGAACAGAAGUUGACUCACAUUAUCAUAGAAAGUGAUGCAAAAGACUUGGUGGAGCAACUUUCUUCCGGUUUUUUUGAUGGUGAUCCUAGGACAGAUGCCAUUUUUAAAGACAUUAAGCUUUUUUCUUCUAAGUUGUCUGCUUGUAUUUUCAGUUUUCAACCUAGAAUUUGUAAUUAUGUUACUCAUGAGUUAGCUCGAUGGACAAAACGUAAGAAAACCUCUAUGUACUGGACUGUGCCUCCUGUUUGGCUAGUUCCAACAGUUGAGGGGUACUACUAG